AUGGCCGACAUUUCCCAGUCCUUGGAGAAUGUCUCGUUCCAAUCCAACAUGAUGGACGUGGACGCCUCCUACAAAACGCCGGUGAAGGAGCCCUACAAUAAGGAAAACAUCACCCCGAUCAAUUCGCCCACGAAGCUGGUACUCCACACCCUGCCAUUGGGCAAACUGCAGCCAUUGACGCCCCAGGCUCACAACAUCAAGCUUCAGAAUGACAUCAACAGGCUCCAGCCUCAGAACUCGUUCUUAGGACCUGACUUCCACUCCAAAGCUAACGCUGCAAAGACAAAGAGACUCACCCUGGUGGCGCAGCUUUACUUCUUAGACUACUACUGUGACAUGUUCGAUUACGUUAUCUCCAGACACGAGAGGUCGAAGUUGGUGGAAGCUCGUUUGCAAAGCGACCCAAACUACUCCGCUAAUCCCAAGAGAGCCCAGCUCGAGUGGAAAAGCUAUGUCGGAAGAGAAAGAGCUCUUCUACGCAAACGCAGAAUCAAGCCUAAACAUAAGGAUUUCGAAAUGAUCACCCAGGUUGGCCAGGGCGGUUAUGGUCAGGUGUUCUUGGCGAGAAAGAAGGACACCAGAGAGGUGUGUGCUUUGAAGGUUUUGAAUAAAAAACUUUUGCUCAAGCUUGACGAAACUAGACACGUUUUGACAGAAAGAGAUAUCUUGACGAAUACCCGUUCCGACUGGUUGGUCAAGUUGUUAUAUGCUUUCCAGGACGCCGAAAAGGUCUUCUUGGCCAUGGAAUUCGUUCCUGGUGGAGACUUCAGAACUUUGCUCAAUAACACCGGAUAUCUCAUUCCACCACACGCAAGAUUCUACAUUGCUGAAAUGUUUGCCUCGGUCAAUUCCUUGCACGAUCUCGGGUUCACGCAUCGUGAUUUGAAACCAGAGAACUUCUUGAUUGACUCCAAGGGCCAUAUUAAAUUGACCGAUUUUGGUUUGGCCGCUGGUACUGUCUCCAAUGACAGGAUCGAAUCCAUGAGAGUAAAGUUGGCUAACUUGCAAGAUUUGGACCACUACGAGGUACCUUCCAAGCUCAUGUACGAGCGUCAGAAGAUUUUUAAGCAGUCCCAGGGACACCAUAACCUCGCCAACUCUAUUGUGGGAUCUCCCGACUACAUGGCUCUUGAGGUUUUGGAAGGCAAGAAUUACGACUUCACCAUUGAUUACUGGUCUUUGGGUUGCAUGCUUUUCGAGGCACUUUGCGGAUACCCACCUUUCAGUGGAAGCAAGCAAGAUGAAACUUACUACAACUUGAAGCAUUGGAAGAGUGCUUUGAGAAGGCCCCAAACCAGAGACGGGCGUUAUGUCUUCUCUGACAGAACAUGGGCCUUGAUAACCAAGUUAAUCUCUUCACCAUCCAGCCGUUUGCGCAAUUUCAAGCAGGUCCAGGCGCAACCCUAUUUCAACGAUAUUCGUGAUUGGGAGCAUUUGAGAUCUAAGACACCACCAUUCACUCCACAGCUAGAUAAUGAGGAGGACGCUGGUUACUUCGAUGACUUUGAAGAUGAAGAAAGCAUGGCGAAAUACAAGGAUGUUUUCGCUAGACAAGAGCAAAACGAGUCACUCAUGGAUGGCUCGAAAGCCGCUGGCAGAAACAUUGCCAACAACAACUUCAUUGGUUUCACGUUUAAGCACAAGCUGAACCCUAACAACAGAUUCCAGAAUGGCGAGAUUAACUUGCUCGCCGGCGGACAAGGCGACGGAAGGUUGGGUGGCUUCGGCGGCAACCGCUUAGAUCCCUUGGCUACAUUGUACUAG